AUGACUAUCCCCGACGAUAUCCUUGCUGCAAAUGCAGCAGGGAGAAUACCCAGCGGGGUCUCGCUCGAAUAUCUAGCAGGGUCCCGCGAUAAGUCCGCCAUUGCGGGAAUCAUUUUCAUGGUAUGCUUCACAGGCCUGUUGAUGAUUGUACGUCUUUUUGCCCGAGCAUUCAUUGUGAAGAAGAUUGGUUUAGAUGAUGCAUUGGCCGUCGUAACAUUGAUGCUCUACAUUGCCUUUGUCAUCCUCUCCAUCAUCCUGAUCAACUUGGGAAGUGGUCGCCACAUUGAAUACAUCCAAUAUGUGCUAUCCCUCCCCACGGUUCGCGACACCGAAGUCCUAGAUUUCAUUGCCCACAUUCUUUACACAACGGCUCUAUUUCUAUGUCGUCUCUCCGGUCUAGCCUUCUACUACCGGCUCUCAGCCCGCUCAACAAAACUCCACCUGAGCAUCAUCAUCGCCGCCCCGCUCCUUUUCGCCGCCUACCUACCUCAGAUCUUCCUGUUGAUCUUCCACUGCAAACCGGUAACAGGGUUGUGGCCCUACGAGUGGCAAUCAGAGCCAAAGACCUACACAUGUCUCUCAUGGGGACUCGUGUACUCGGUGAACUCGGCGCUAUCUCUCGCCUGUGACGUGAUGAUGUUCGCGCUCCCGGCAGCACUCAUCAGGGGACUACACGUCUCCUUAGAAAAGAAGAUCAAGCUAUCGAUUGUGAUGUUCCCCGGUAUCCUCGUAAUCCUGAUCUCCGCAGUCCGCAUCUGGCUCGUUGUACAGGGUCAAUGGGAUCCCGACGGCAGCUGGGCCUACAACCCCAUGUUGUGCGUUGAGAACGCUGAGAUAGCUGCAACCCUAAUUGCCCUCUCGGUGCCAGCGCUGAAACCAGUUUUCGGAAGCUUGUUCGCACGCUUGACCGAGUACACAUCCAGCCACACGCGCUCACGCUCGACUAAAAUAACCAGUCUUGGUCACUCUAAGACCAUCGGCACUGGUGCGGUCUCCGGCAAUCGGGAUAGCAAGCGUCUCAUUAAUUGGUCGAAGAUUGGGAAGGAUGAUUAUGAGAUGAUGCCUUCUGAGGUCUCGAUUUCGAGGGAUGUUCGAGGCGGGUCGAGGGGGAGUGAUCACAGUGGGGAUGAGGGGAAGGAUGGUCCGAGGAGUCCCGGCAUUCGGGUUACGAAUGAGGUUAAUAUUGUUCGAGACGAUGAGAGUAUUGUUAGGGUAGUAAAGCCUGGGUCUAGAGAGAGUUAG